AUGUGUGAUGCAGCAAUUAAUGAUAUUAGAAAUGAAUCAGAAUUCAGCGGUAUCUCCUGGAAUAGCUUGAGCAACGAAAUAGCUUCACUCAGAUGCCCUUCAGAAAUUUCGGUGCUCGAAGGAGCCUAUGAACGUAAUAAUGAUGACGAUGGUGAUAAUGAUAAUAACUACAAUAACAGUGAUCAAAAUCUAUCGCACGGUGUAGAAUCUGAUAAUCCAGAAUCAUCCGCAUCAUUGAUGAGUUCUGACGAAGUAAUUGAUGAGUCACUUUUGCCCGAAAAACUUCGAGAGAAGAAAUGGAUUAUUGGAAAUUUCCUCGGCAGAGGUUCAUAUUUUCGAGUUUAUCAAGCAUACGCUGACGGUAUUUUAUUAGCAAUUCGUAAACGAUAUUUCCGGAAUUCCAAAAAUGUAUUUUAUACCAAAUUACGUCGUGAAAUUGAAUGCGAAUAUCAAACGUGCCGGCGACAUAUAACUGAUGUGUUGUUGAAAAUUGGCUACCACGACAACAUUGCUACUUUUUUCGGGUUUCGACGAGUUGGCGUCAUUUGGGAGAUAUUCGUCGAAUACGCCGCUGGCGGUGAUUUACUUCAUGAAAUUGAUAAAUACAGAAAAUGCAAAAGGCAAAUACCGGAAGAAAUAAUAACGUCACGAUUCCGUGAUUUAACACGUGCUGUCGCGUACUUGCAUGAGCGUAACAUAGCACAUUUGGAUAUUAAAAUCGAAAAUUGUUUAUUAACUAAAUGGGGAUCAUUGAAAUUAUCGGAUUUUGAUUAUGCAAUAAUAUUUAAUUCCGGGACAACAGUACUACCAAAUCAAAUUGGAACCAAAGCAUAUGCACCACCACAACGAUUUGAUUCUUUCACUAAGCCUGAAUGUGCCGACGUGUGGUCCUGUGGUAUUGUUUUGCACACAUUAAUUGCAUUCCAUAUUCCAUGGAGUAGCGCACAUAAAAAAGAUCCCGCUUAUGAAAAAUGGUUUCAAUACAUUAAUAAAAAAAAAAGAGACAAAUCGAAUUGUGUAUUUCCGUUGAAAAUUCUAGAAGGUACUAAUUCAAAAUUUUCAGAACUACUCGAGCAUUUAUUGGAUCCAAAUGAAGAUACGAGAAUUAAAAUUAGAGAUAUCGUAGAUAUUUGUUGGUUAAAAAACGAGUGUAUUGUGAUCGGUGAAAAUUAG